UUGAAAUUAUUGUGUGACGUCAUUUAAAAUGGCUGAACUAAAUAUUGGAAAACAUUGUGAAAUUGAAUCUUGCAAACAAAAAGACUUUCUACCAUUCGUAUGCAGCAGCUGUUCUGGGGUGUUUUGUUUGGAACACAGAAGCCGGGACUCCCACUCUUGUCCAGAGGUGCUGGUGAAGAAAGAGAUUGGGUCUGGGGGAAGCACAUCAUAUCCAUGUAGCUGUGAGGAUUGCAAAGGGAAAGAGCUGCUGCCUGUCAUCUGCCCACACUGUGAAAAACACUUCUGUCUCACACAUCGGCAUCAGGAUGACCAUAAGUGUGAGAAACUGGAGAUUCCAAAGCCUCGCAUGGCUGCAACACAGGAGCUGGUGCAGAAGAUAGUCGAGUCAAAGAAGAAUGCACCACCAAGUAAAGGCAGAAAAGGAGCAAAAAAUGCUGCAACCGCUGCAAAAGUUGCUCUGAUGAAGCUUAAAAUGCAUGCGUCAGGAGAUAAAGGCCUGCCACAGACAGAACGGACGUAUUUGCAGGUGUUUCUGCCAAAAGAAGCUGAAGACCCUAGUUUGCCCAUGUUCUUCUGCUCUAAGUGGAGUGCUGGCAAAGUAGUGGACUUUGCUGCAUCUCAGGCCAGUCUGAAAAACAACAACAACGUGCUCACAGCUAAGAAACUGCGUUUGUGUCACCCUGAGACGGGUGAAGCCUUUAGGAUGGACGCUAGCCUCCAGUCACUGCUCUCCAAUACAGACUGUCCUCUGCACAACGGAGGCAACGUCAUUCUGGAGUAUCUGGAUAACGAGAGCUCUGGACUGGAUGAUGUGACAGCCUAUAUAUAUUCCUCCUGAGAGAAAAUCUCAUAACCAUUCAGCAGAGUCUUAUGGUAAAAUAAUUUGAGGAAAGUAGGAAACAAAGUGUGUCAGAUUGGACUAUGUCUAUUGUAAAUAUACAUGAUUUGCGUAUUUUUAAUAAAUGGGUCAAUG